AUGUCCUACCCUUCUUCACACUAUCAACACCACAAUGACUACUACGUCGGUCAUGUCCUCGGCGGUAGCAAUACCAGUGGUUCCCAGUACGGCCAUCAUCUGAAUGCCAGCUAUGGCGCCACGGCCGGUGUUCAAGAUCAUCUUCAGGCCAACAUGAACAACAACAGCGGGUACAAUAGCUAUACUUGUAUUGGUGCUCCGGUCACGCACAGCGGCGGGUUUGGACAAGAAAGUAGCAGCCUGAGUCCGGAGCUGACUGGAACGGGAGGAGGAGGCUUUGUCAGCGGUGGUGGAGCCAGGGAUGGGUCGAUGAACUACUCAGGAACACAGCCCUCUCCUCCUCCUUCUUCCAUCAACCGAUUUCAACAUGGCUUCUAA